UCCAGGGCCCCCGGCGCUGGCAGAGGGCCGGAGCCAGCCAGUGAGCGGGGCCCGGGAGAGGGCGGAGCACAUCGUGAUGCAGAGAUGCUGCAGUGGCUCCGGGCGCGCACACACACACGCCGCCGCGCCAGGGCGGCUGCAAGCAGCUGAGAGCGGGGAGGACGGGCGGGCAUCCUGGGGGCCCGGGCCGGGCUGGCUCCGGCCCACCGCCGCGGGUAGCGUCCACCUGCCCCAGCCAGCAUCCUUCGUUCACCUCAGGUCCUCAGCCUCCCGCUUCCUCCUGGCACUGGGCUGAGCCUCCUCUCCUCCGCAACCCCUCUGCCUGGGAAGCCUGCCAUGGGGCCGCCCGCCAGGCGGAGGUCACACGUGCUGCUGCUGCUCGCUGUGGCCCUCGCCUCCUGCCCAGCUCGGAGCUCAGCCCGGGGAUCCCUGGCCACCUUUGGGCCUGUCUUUGAAGACCAGCCCUUCGGUCUGCUAUUCCCUGAGGGGUCCACAGAGGAGAAGGUAACGCUGGCAUGCCGUGCCAGGGCCAGCCCUCCUGCCAACUACAGGUGGAAGAUGAACGGCAUGGAGAUGAAGCUGGAGCCAGGUUCCCGCCGCCAGCUGGUGGGGGGCAACCUGGUGAUCAUGAACCCCACCAAGGCGCAGGACGCCGGUGUCUACCAGUGCCUGGCCUCCAACCCAGCGGGCACCGUUGUCAGCAGGGAGGCCGUCCUCCGCUUUGGCUUUCUGCAGGAAUUCUCCAAGGAGGAGCGAGACCCGGUGAAAACGCACGAGGGCUGGGGGGUGAUGUUACCCUGUGACCCACCUGCCCACUACCCAGGCUUGUCCUACCGCUGGCUCCUCAACGAGUUCCCCAACUUCAUCCCCACGGACGGGCGUCACUUCGUGUCCCAGACCACAGGAAACCUGUACAUUGCCCGCACCAACGCCUCAGACCUGGGCAACUACUCCUGCCUGGCCACCAGCCACAUGGACUUCUCCACCAAGAGUGUCUUCAGCAAGUUCGCUCAGCUCAACCUGGCUGCCGAAGAUCCCAGGCUCUUCGCACCCAGCAUCAAGGCCCGGUUCCCAGCAGAGACCUACGCGUUGGUAGGGCAGCAGGUCACCCUGGAGUGCUUCGCCUUUGGGAACCCUGUCCCCCAGAUCAAGUGGCGCAAAGUGGAUGGUUCUCUGUCCCCUCAGUGGGCCACAGCCGAGCCUACCCUGCAGAUCCCCAGCGUCAGCUUCGAGGAUGAGGGAACCUAUGAGUGUGAGGCCGAGAACUCCAAGGGCCGCGACAGCGUCCAGGGCCGCAUCAUCGUGCAGGCUCAGCCUGAGUGGCUCAAGGUCAUCUCAGACCGAGAGGCUGACAUUGGUUCCAAUUUGCGUUGGGGCUGUGCAGCCGCAGGCAAGCCCCGGCCCACAGUGCGCUGGCUGCGGAACGGGGAGCCUCUGACCUCCCAGCCCCGGGUAGAGGUGCUGGCCGGGGACCUGCGUUUCUCCAAGCUGAGCCUGGACGACUCUGGCAUGUACCAGUGCGUUGCGGAGAACAAGCAUGGCACCAUCUACGCCAGUGCCGAGCUGGCCGUGCAAGCACUGGCCCCUGACUUCAGGCUGAACCCCGUAAGGCGUCUGAUCCCCGCGGCUCGUGGGGGAGAGAUCAUGAUCCCGUGUCAGCCCCGGGCAGCUCCGAAGGCCGUGGUGCUUUGGAGCAAAGGCACCGAGAUUUUGGUCAACAGCAGCAGAGUGACUGUAACUCCGGAUGGCACCUUGACCAUAAGGAACAUCAGUCGGUCAGACGAAGGCAGAUACACCUGCUUCGCCGAGAACUUCAUGGGGAAAGCCAACAGCACGGGCAUCCUGUCCGUGAGAGAUGCAACCAAGAUCACUCUAGCCCCCUCGAGUGCCGACAUCAACUUGGGAGACAGCCUGACGCUGCAGUGCCAUGCCUCCCACGACCCCACCAUGGACCUCACCUUCAUCUGGACCCUGGAUGGCUACCCCAUCGACCUCGACAAGCCCGGGGGUCACUAUCGGAGGGCCAACAUGAAGGAGACGGUUGGGGAUCUGACCAUACUGAGCGCCCAGCUGCACCACGGCGGGAAGUACACGUGCAUGGCCCAGACGGUGGUGGACAGUGCGUCCAAGGAGGCCACAGUCCUGGUCCGAGGUCCUCCAGGCCCCCCGGGAGGCGUGGUGGUGAGGAAUAUUGGCAACACCACUGUCCAGUUGAGCUGGAGCCGUGGCUUCGACAACCACAGCCCCAUUGCCAAGUACACCCUGCAAGCCCGCAUCCCACCUGAAGGGCCGUGGAAGCAGGUUCGGACCAAUCCCGCCAACAUCGAAGGCAACGCCGAGACCGCCCAGGUGCUGGGCCUCACACCCUGGAUGGACUAUGAAUUCCGGGUCUUAGCCAGCAACAUCCUGGGCACUGGGGAGCCCAGCGCGCCCUCCAGCAAAAUCCGGACCAAGGAAGCAGCUCCCACAGUGGCACCCUCAGGACUCAGUGGAGGUGGUGGGGCCCCUGGCGAGCUCAUCGUCAGCUGGACGCCCAUGUCACGGGAGUACCAGAACGGAGACGGCUUCGGCUACCUGCUGUCCUUCCGCAGGCAGGGUGGCACUAGCUGGCAGACCGCCCGGGUGCCGGGCGCCGACGCGCAGCACUUUGUCUACAGCAACGACAGUGUCCGGCCCUACACGCCCUUCGAGGUCAAGAUUCGCAGCUACAACCGCCGUGGGGAUGGGCCCGAGAGCCUCACUGCGCUGGUGUAUUCAGCUGAGGAAGAGCCCAAGGUGGCCCCUACCAAAGUCUGGGCCAAGGGGGUCUCAUCCUCAGAGAUGAAUGUGACCUGGGAACCCGUGCAGCAGGACACGAAUGGUAUCCUCCUGGGGUACGAGAUCCGUUACUGGAAAGCUGGGGACAAAGAAGCAGCCGCGGACCGAGUGAGGACAGCGGGGCUGGACACCAGUGCCCAUGUCACUGGCCUGCAUCCCAACACCAAGUACCAUGUGACCGUGCGGGCCUACAACCGGGCAGGCACUGGACCCGCCAGCCCUUCCACCAAUGCCACAACCCUGAAGUCCCCUCCGCGGCGACCUCCUGGCAACAUCUCCUGGACUUUCUCGAGCUCCAGUCUCAGCAUUAAGUGGGACCCCGUGGUGCCUCUCCGGAAUGAGUCUGCUGUCACUGGCUAUAAGAUGCUCUACCAGAAUGACCUACACCCAACUCCCACGCUCCACCUCACCAGCAAGAACUGGAUAGAAGUUGCAGUUCCCGAAGACAUCGGCCAUGCCCUGGUACAGAUUCGGACCACAGGGCCAGGAGGGGACGGGGUCCCAGCAGAAGUCCACAUCGUGAGGAAUGGAGGCACAAGCAUGAUGGUGGAGAACUCGGCAGUCGGCCCGGCCCCUCCUCCCGGCACCAUCCUCUCCCACUCCCUGGCGAUGCUGGUCCUCAUAGGCUGCCUGGAGCUCUGAUCUCGGCACCACUGCCUCUGCCACAGCCGGACACCCACCUCCAACGGACAUAGCCAGCUGGUCCCAGUCCCUUCCUGAUGCCAAAGUGGCCCAACACUGUGCCUGAGAAUGGCUGGUUUUCAAUACCUACUUUACACAGUGCCCUUUUCGCAGGAGGUAGGGUAUUUCAUAUUCUGCCACAGGACAGAGCCCAUGCAAGGAUUUUUUUUCUUUAAACUGAGAGGCACCGGGCUAACUUCCAUGAUGAGAUUGAGCCCUAUGCCUGGGCCCUCUAGGGUGCCUAGAUGGAAGGAACAGGCCAAUGGGAAGGAGGAGGUUUGACCCUGGAUGUGCACAUCUGUGAAGACGGCACCCUGGGACCACAGACCCUGCCCCCUGCAAGCAGAGUCCUCGGCCUGGUGGGAACUCUGGACACAAGCAGGCUCAAGUGGGACGAAGCACCACCCCAAGCAUGCCCUGGUCUAAGAGGCGGCCAGACUCUCGAGCCAAGGACACUCCUGGUUUCUCAAGGGCCAGCCCGGCUGGACCCUGACAUUGUCCUGGACGACUCCUUAGAGGCCCCUGCCACCUGCCAGGUGGCUGAAAACAAGUGCCCUGAUGUCUGAGGCCAGGAGCCUGAGCCCCUGCAGCUUUGGGGGACAGCACUCCACGCUGCUGGGGGUGGGAGCUGAAAAGGCUUUGAGAAGCUGUGACACCUGGUGGAAAGGGGCACCAGACUUGGCCUGAGGCACAGUCACAGUUGAGGUGUCACCCUCAUAGCCAACACUGCCAACCCGGCCCUGUCACCCCCAGUGACAGGAGCCACUAUAUGUGGCUGGGUGACUAAAGGGCUUGUCUUGGGGAGGUGCCUCACCCCACCAAGACCCAUCCCACACAGUCUCCCCAGGAUUGGCCAGGAGACAGGAGCCAGGGUGGGGGUCCUGCGCCUACCGGCUUCCUCCAGCUUGGCUUGCAGGCCCCAGACUCCACCCUCCCGGCACUGACUCAAGCCAGGGGAGAAAUGCAGCAUUAAUCCCAGGUCCCCAAGUCGGGAGUCUUCUGGGAAUGGCAAAGGAUAGCUGGUCCUGCCUGCUCCCAGGAAUAAGCUGGACCACCUGGCAGGACCCGUCCCCCAGCUGCCUCUGACCACUGUUUGGCAUUUCCCCAGAGGAAAAGGGGUUAAUAAAUGGGACCUCCUACAUUGGGCUCUGGGUAUACCACCAGUCACAGAACGUCAGAGCUGAAAAAUGCUUUAGAGCUCAGCUGGCCCAAGUCCUUCCCUUUACAGAUGAGGCAUCGGAGGUCAACAGCGUUAGGGACGUCCCAAGGGUCCCAAGGUCACACAGCCCGUCCUACCUUCCUGUUCCAGGCUCUGUCCAGAAGGAGGCUCUGCUGAGCGGCCACAGCCCGUUAGGAAGGGCAGUGAGCUAUGAGCAUUCUGCUCCAAGAGGUGUGGGUGGGUGCGUGACCACGGGGUGAACGGCACGACUGGGUCCCAGCCCAAGGCGUGGGCAGACUCCAGGAGACAUUCUGUCCUGAGCCUAGUUUCUGUAGUUUACAGUUAGAGCUCUAUUUUGUUAUGAUUUUUUAAACAUUUAGGUCCUGCUCUAUUUUCCUGGGCAGGUUUACAUUGUUUCCCAUUCCAAUUUUUAAAAAGGUAAGCUCACACUUCUCUCUGCCACCACUGUGCCCACCACCGGCCCCAGGCCCGGGCCUCCCUCCCUGCAGCUGCCUCACCUACUCCUGUCCCUCCUCCCAUGCCAGGUGCUGGAGGCUCAGCUAAGCCACUGUUCUCCCAUCAACGGGGAUCCCCCACUUGGUCUGGCAUCCAUCCUGGGCCCCCACGGCUGUGACUUCGCCUGGACCAGCUCUAACAGGAAGGGGAUGCUCAAAGUAGGACACCCUCUGAGACUUAGAGUAAGGGGAAGGGGACAGGGGUCUACAUUAAAUGUGGGACCAGAGUGGGCUGGUCUGGCGCAGGACCUAACCAGGGAACUGGAUGGAGGCUGCUGUCCCCAAGUGUGCCGGAGGCAAAGAUACUCCUAGCUAAGUCUUCCUUCUGCUGAGGCCCAUUAGCAAAGCGGAGGAAGGCAGACCCUCUGGGAAACCCAGGAAGGGCUUUUAACUAGGAAAACUCAGCCAGGAAAACCUAAUCCGGGCAGGUAAGACCUGUUUGGAGGAUACAGAACUGUACUCAGAUGGAUGUUCCUGCAGCCCGAGACCUCGGGUAGGGCACUCAGUGAGGGUUAGUAAGACAGCGGGGACCUGAGGACGUGCCAGCUUGUGAAAUGGGAACAGCCUCUUGUUGAGCCUUGUGCAGGAGCUUGUGAGGAGGCAGAAGAUGAGACCAUGGAUACUCCCAGAGUGCCUUCCUGCCCAAGGGGACUCUGAUUGUCAUCUCUGGUCAGAUGGGCUGAGGCUUGCUACUGCUGUGAUCAUGACUUGACUUUGGACCUCUCCUCUCAGUCACACCAAGCCCCAAGGGCCACAAAGGGGAAAGCCACGAAGUACUUUACCCACAGCUUAGUGGCCAGUAAGUGCCUUGAGGACUAGGGACAGAAACAGCCUGCACACCUGUUCAGGGCUGGGGAGACAUGACGGUCUCUCCUUUCUGUAUACACCUGGGCUCAGCCUCCAGGGCCCUCUGCCCCUGGCCUCGGCUCCCGGGUCCUCACUGCUCUGUCUGGAUCUAUACCUACCCUCGAGGGGAGGGCAGCUCUCAGGCAGAGUCUGAGGCCCAGCAAGGUCAGGUGAUCUACUGUCAUUCCAGGCACUGGUGAUACACACGGCGUAGGGGAAUAAGAGAGCCAUGGGGUGGGGGCGUCUUUCCCUUCGAUUAAGUAACAGGAGACUGAGGUUAGACACCAGAAAAAAACAGUAAUGAGACCCUGGAAUAAGUAAGACCCUGUUUUUUCAGGACGUUGAGUAAUUUUGACAGCUGUUGCUCUGGGAUCUAGGUUAGAUGAUGGCUGGGUGGUGGGGGAGAGAAGCUCUAAGGAUCCUUCCACAGUGGCGACUCUUAGAGCCAAGCGGUGCCCAGAACAGGAGUUGUCUGGGAGCUCCUGUCUGUUGUGGCCCUGGUCACGAAGGUGGAGGGCCAACCCCUGGGCCUUCUUUUCCUGGGAUACACUGCCUCUUGGCAGGCCCAGGAGCCAUGUACUCCACCCUGAGCAAGAGCCCAAGCUAAGAAUGUUUCACUCUCUUCACCUCUUCCCCAGCGGAAGGAUGCUUUUCUCUUCCUGGUCUCAGGAGUGACCAACUGGGCUCCUUUGGGAGGGAAAACAGUAUCCCUCAAUUAGGGUUUGAGGCCUGCGUGUGCUGUCCUGUUCCUCCGGGUCAGACCUAACAUAACCCGGACUGCGUCCCGGGGGGCGAACAAAGUUGCCAGACAGGCUCCUGGAGUGAUGGGCAUUUAUAAGGGACUCGAAGAGCUCCUCGGAAAUAGGUGCUGGUAGCUGUGGUCACAGGCUUUGGGAGGGCAGGAAAAUAAGGGGAAACUGGCAGGGGAAAAAAUGGGUCAGCUAACUUGGGCCCAGGAAGCCCCGGUGCCUUUCGAUGGGGCAGAGCCUGCCUUGUCCUGGGACUCCAACUUACCCACCCCAUUUAGGGUCCGCACAACAGGAAGGCUCACGCUAGGCAAGGGCGAGGACUUCACUGGACACUGACUGGACCCACUUUUCGUUAAAACGGAACCCCUCCCACUGGCCUAUUGUCUGUCCCUCUUGUACUUCUUGUAACAGUAGUUAUUUAUUGACUCUGGUAGCAACAGUUCUUAAAUAAAGAUGGCUGCUCAGCCUGCUGAGGCAGCGGGCACCAGC